GCGGAUAUCCCAGAGCCGCACGGCGGCCGACGCGGCGCUGGCCGAGGCCAGCAGGUGGUCGCGGUGGCGGAGGAACCGCAGCCCCGUGACGCUGCCCGCGGCACCCGAGCGCUGCGGCCUGUGCAGUGGCAGCAGCGCGCCGGGCGCAUGCGCCUGCAGAAUCGACGCCACCGGGCGGUGGACAUGGGUGCCGCCGGCCGCCAAUGUGCGAUUGCACCGCAGGUCCCAGAGCAGCACGGCGCCGUCGCGCGCGCCAGACGCGAAGCACUGCGGCUGCAGCCAGUCGACCGCACGCACGGUUUUGGUGUGGCCGCGGAAUUCGGCGCAGAGCGUUGCGCGCUCGGCGUCCCACAGGCGGCAGGUGUCGUCGGCUGCGGCCGUCAGCAGGGAGCGGCCGUCGGGGUUCCAGGCGCCGUCGAAUACCGCGUGGUCGUGUGCCCGCCACCUGCGCAGGAUCGCCAUGGCGACGUUGCGCGUGGUGUCGAAGAGGCUCAGGCUGCCGCCCUCGUCGACCACCGCCAGCCGACUGCCCGACGGGUUGUACCGGCACGCCAAGGGCAGCUGCCGUCCGGCGCUAGCGCCGCCGCUGAGGUCGCCGUUGUCUGUGUGGAAUUGCCGGUCGCUGGCGGAUACCAGCGCCCCGAGCUGUCCGAUCACCGAGAUGCCGCGCGGGUCCACAUGCGUGUGCUGCCGCCGGCGCAUAGCCGCGUGCAGCGGGACCGGCGUGAAAUAGGACGCUGCGUGCUGCAUCUGUGAUUUUUUCAAUGAUCCCGAUGGUGCCGGUGCCGGCGCCUGUGCGCCUGUGCUGCUGGUGGCUGGCCGCUUGCUGGCCGCUUGUGCCUCGCUGAUGCUGUUCUCUGCUGCCCGCCGCUUGCUGCGCCGCUGCUGCGCUGCCUGCAGGGAGGCGAAAAGCGUUGGUUGCCGCGUAAUGCUGCCGCUGCUGCUCCUCCUGCUAUUGCCAGUAUUGUUUCUGCUGCUGCUGCUGCUGCCGCUGCUGCUCGACGCCGUGUUGUUUGUGCGCAGUGUUAUGUCAUUGAGCGCCAUUUCCCCUGUUCUAUCUUGUAAGCUUUUGGUUUUAUUUGGUUUUAUUUCGAAUUGGUGGAUUCGGAUUUGAAUCAAAAAAAGCGUAUUGGAAGACGAAUGGCUGGGAUAAAAUAAAAAUAAAAAAGUUAAAAGUUAAAAGUUAAAACUAAAAACCAAAAACCAAAAACUGAAAACUGAAAACUGAAAACUGA